AUGAAGAAGACUCAGGACGUUUAUUUUAAUAUAGAGUAUAACGAGGAAUUGAUAGGAAAAUCGAGGUUCUCAAACAAAGUUUUCGAUAGCGAAAUAAACCACAGAGACUUUUACAUCUCGGCUAAUGCUGAUAACAAGAUUUACAAGCUACCCUACGUGAAGGAGAAGUUUGUUAAUGAGGAAUGCACGAUCUGCGCCGAGGAGUUCAGCGAUGGAUCGUUCGUAAGUGAGCUGGUUUGCCGACACGCCUUCCACGUCGACUGCAUUGACAAGUGGUUUGAAAAGAAGACAAACUGCCCGUUCUGUCGCCGAAAAAUAACGACAUCGUGCGAUUUCUACCACUGCCAAUCGUCUAUAGAGUUGGAAGAUGGCACAAAAUAUGUAUUCAUCAGUGUAAGGACUGAGAGACGAUUUUAUUGA